AUGCCUUGCAAAAAAUCCGCUUCACGCACAAAUAAUCAUUUAUCGAUCAACUUAUUAUUCAUACGUAAGUGUGCAGUUUUGAACGCAAUCCCUACGACUAUGUCCGUCGCAGGUGGAAUUGUUGAUUGCAAAGAAAGGCACGCCUUAUGUUCCGGUGGUUCAAUUCAAGCCCGGAAGACAUUAUUACUCAAUAAGCUGGGCAAAACAUUCUUCAUUACGUCUUGUGGAUCGGCUCAUUUUAUUAUUUUAUUACAAGAAAUUUUCCCACGCAAAUCGGUGAAGCAACAAGACGCUGAAGUAUUUUUACACCAUCCCAGAAAGUCUUUUCUAGCGGUCUAG